AUGGGAUCGACGAAUGGGAGCUGGGAGGCCAUUUCAAAGGCCAAACGCGAGGGCCUUAGGGCUUCAAUCCCUCCGCAAUGGAUCAUCCCUCAGGAGAUCAUGCCUCCUCAAACCCAGGCCGAUGUGACGACUUUCCCAUCCAGAUCCGGAUGGUUCACAAAGCGAGAGCUCACUGUUCUAUCCGCCGACGCGGUCAAAAUUCUGGGACAGCUUUCGAGCGGUGCGUGGACGUCGGAGGAAGUGACGCUGACAAAUUGCCUGUCGGAGAUGUUCUUCGACGAGGCAAUUGCCCGUGCCAAAGAAUGCGAUGCGUAUCUUCGGACGCAUGGAAAGCCCAGGGGUCCGUUCCACGGACUACCUAUUUCCAUUAAAGACAACUUCAAUAUCGCCGGCAAAGACUCAACUAUCGGUAUAGCCUCGUUGGCCAACAAGCCUGCCACUUACAACAGCACGAUUAUUGAUAUAAUCCUGGACUCGGGCGCCGUGCUAUAUGUCAAGACCAAUGUCCCUACAGCUGUAAUGCUGCCCGAGACUGUCAACAACGUGUUUGGGCGAACCCUGAACCCCCUCAACCGUAGUCUCACGCCCGGAGGGUCGUCAGGAGGCGAGGCAGCGUUGAUUGCGUUUGGUGCCAGUCGAAUUGGGCUGGGUUCUGACAUAGGAGGAUCCCUUCGUAUCCCGGCCGCGUGUACUGGAAUCUUCACUAUCCGCCCUUCAGCCGGGAGAUUCCCACACUAUGGAGCCCGCUCUGGGCUGACCGGGCAGGAAGCUGUGAUGAGCGUAAACGGUCCCCUAGCCAGAACCCUGGACGAAGUUAUACUCUACUCCAAAACGAUUGUAAACCAGCAGCCGUGGCUGAAAGACCCGAAGUGCCUUCCGAUCCCGUGGAGGCCGGUUGAGUCGAAGAAAUAUCUAAAGCUCGCCGUGUUCUGGAACGACGGUAUAGUCACCCCGACGCCGCCCGUCGCGCGUGCUUUGAGGGAGACUGUUAGCAAGCUCCAAGCCGCUGGACAUGAGAUCGUGGAGUGGGACCCGGCAGAGCACAAGAAGGCUAAUAACCUUUUACGCCAACUAUUCGUUGCUGACGGAGCCAAGUCGAUUCGCGGGCUGCUCGAGCCAACUAACGAGCCAUUCCGGCCGGAGAUGCAAUCAUACGAGGAGUCUGUUGAACGCGGGGUCUACGAGAUGUGGAAGAUCCAGGCCACAAGGAGCGACCUGCAGAAACACUACCUCGACCAGUGGCAUGCGAUCGACGGACUUGACGGGCUUAUAUGCCCGACCUCUCCGUGGUGCGCUCCCGAGCAUGGCAAGUUUAUCUAUGGCGGAUACACUGGCGUUUAUAACCUCCUUGAUUACUCGGCUACCUCUUUCCCAUGCGGCGUCAAUGCCAAUGCACACAUUGAUACAGCAUACCGUGACCAUCGCCCACUGAGUGAGAUGGACACCCAAGUGCAAGACACCUACGAUGCCAAUAUGGUGGAUGGAAUGCCCGUGAGCCUGCAGCUUGUCGCCCGGCGCCUGGAAGAAGAGAAGGUCUUGAUGAUGACAGGUGUUGUGGUGCAAGCCCUACGACGUCCUGGUAUUGGUAGUGUCCAUAGCAGACUCUAG